AUGUCGGGAACAUACUUUGAAAACAUUCGCUGCAUGUUUUUAUAUUUCGGCUUUAGUUUUAAAUAUAGUAUGUUUUGGAUUAUUUUGUGCUUAGUAGUCAUAUUGUAUGUUAAGUUUUUGUGGAGAAGAAGAAAACUCUAUAUUUACUCAUGGAAAAUCCACGGACCAUUUGCGUUACCGAUUAUUGGUGCAGCACAUCACUUUAUAGGACUUAGUAGUACUGAUUUUUUAAAGAAAGCAGAGUUGAUCCAAAAGAGAUAUAAAAAAAUAGUAAAAGUCUGGAUAGGGCACAAGCUGCAUUUUAUAAUAAAAGAACCAAAAUAUAUCGAGAAAAUUUUAACUAGUCCAGAAACUGUUGAAAAGGAUUACUUCUACGAAAAUUAUUCAGCUGUUCUUGGUCCUGGAAUCUUCACAAAUCCUGAUACAGUUUGGAAGAAACAAAGAAAACUCUUAGGUCCUACAAUGAAUAAGCUAGUACUUAAUACAUAUAUACACAAGUUUUCGGAAUGUAGUACAAGUAUGUGCGCCGAACAAGUUCCUGAGCAUAUUAAGAAAAUAGAUCUCGGAUAUUGUCUGAAGUGCAUUACAAAAAUUGGAUCAUCAAAGUACUUAAAUAUAUUUUAUCAUAUAAACGCUUUGUGGAAUUUAACUUCUUUAAAGAAGGAGUUUGAUAAGUACGUUAAUUUAAUGCAUGAAGUUACCAAAUCGUGUAUUCACAUGAGGAAAUCACAACAUAACCAAAUUAAUCAAUAUACAUAUACCGAAAGCUUUACAGAAAAACCUGAAACAAUAACUCACUUUCUGGACGCUCUUUUUCAAGGCAAUCAUUUUACUGAAGAUGAAGUUGCAUCCCAGGCAGAAACUUUUUUAGCGGCGGCAACUGAACCAGUUAGUAUUGCCAUUUGUUCGGUUUUGAUCAUGUUGGCGAUGCAUCCAGAUAUGCAGGAAAAAGUUUACGAAGAAGCAGUAGCAGUCCUUGGGCAGGUUGGUGGAGUGACUGAUUCUAAUUUGCCAUUGUUGAAAUAUACAGAAAGAGUUAUCAAAGAAACUUUGCGGCUAUUCCCACCUGCACUUAUAUUUAGCAGAUUAGUCACGAAAGAUUUAGAUCUCGGUGAUGUUGUUCUACCUGAAGGUAGUUCCGCAACUAUAAUGCCUCUAUUUAUCCAUAGAAACUCUGACUAUUGGCAUGAACCACUUAAGUUUGAUACUGACCGUUUUUUACCAGAAAAACUUAGUACAAGACAUCCAUGUACUUUUAUUCCAUUUUCAUUUGGCCCUAGAAAUUGUAUAGGUCAACAAUUUGGAUUGAUGAGUUUAAAAACCGUUAUAGCGAUAACAGUCCGACAAUUUCAUGUACUUACGGACUACAAAACUGUAGAAGAUAUUGAUUUGACAUUUGGGCCUGUAUUCUCGUUUGCUCUAGGCGAUAAAAUCAGAUUUGAAAGAAGAAUAGAAAAGGAAAAAAAAAUUUAUGUAAUUUAA